AUGGCUAUGGAUGGAAGAGAAGAUGAUGACAAGGAGAUGGACUCACCCGUCAAGCUAUCCCGAUUGCUCAAGAGCAACCCAUCUCAAGCUACUCAUCGCUCCCUUGUGGGAGCCUCACCUUCGACAAUUGCUAUGAUGCAUUAUCAUCACAAUAGCGGGGAAGAGGAAGAAGUCUCGCCUCCCCCGCCCCCGACAGGUUCGACUCUUAGACCGUCCACUGGGUUUACUAGCUCGUCUAGUAUUACACAUACUUCCCUUCCUGCUCCAUACCUCAAAGAUGGUUCAUCCUUACGCGAAAGUGUAUCAAUAAAGGAAUACGCAUCGACAAAGGAGCGAGCCUCAGAGCAGAUGUCUCCAAGUAUCGGUUCCCCAAUCUCUUCACCGAUAAACUCUUCCCCUGGUGACCCACUUUCUACAAGUGUCAAAUCUACUGGGGGGUUCUCACUUGGGAACACAUUGAGUGCGGCAUUGGAUAAGCAUCGACAUCGGCGAGGGAGCAAAAGUAGUACAAAUACUACUCCCACGUCAUCUUCACUUCAAAAUACCUCUAAUCUCGAUUCCGGACUGGCCUCCUCCCCGCCUCGCUCUGGUUCAGGUCGACCGAGGAGCCAGACUCAAUCUCACACUCAGACCAAAUCGCAUCGAUCACGAAAUCAUGCAAAUCGGAGUCAAACACGGACACUCGACGAUGGUCUGCCCCAUGGGAGUCCUCCGACCAGUGCCGGCGGCCCCAGCAGCCCACUCUCGCCGUCGAGUCUCGGCACGAGUUUGGGAUUAUUUGGGAGACCCAAUAGUUCAUCCGCUCACUCGCAUUCACUUCAGACACCUCAACAGUCCAAGCCGCACCACGGUUCUCAGCACCAUCUUCCCAAAGAGGACAGCUGGCGAGAUCGUGAGUCUGGGCGCGAGCGGGAUCUCGAUUUCGACGACAGAGAGAGCAUCGCGCACACGAUUCGUGAGAGCUUCGGUGACGACAAUGACUAUUCCCGCACCGAGGGCGAGAUGGACAUUGAGAUGGACGAGCAAAUCUCGACGUCGUUUACCACGCAAUCCGGCACGGGUUCCGCGUCUGGAACGAGCAACGCCCACACAUAUGCUGGAGAUGUGACACCACGAGGAGCGAGUGCUCCCCGAAUCGCGUCCCCUCGUGCGAGUACCAAACGACUUGGGAGCUCGCAUUCUACGGCUUCCUAUGGAUAUUCGUUUACACCACCGACGACAGCCAUGAGCCGUACGACGUUUGCGGAAAAUGGCGUCGCUGUCCCCUUUAGCGGCAUCGGUCUCGCGUUUGGACGGGCAGGCCGUGACAACUUUGAUCCCGAAGGCGAAUCAAAGCGUGCAGAUAGGGGCAAGGAAAGGAGUCGACGACGGGGGCGCGAAAGAAAUGAAGAAUGA